GAGGCAUGCCGGCGACGAGGAGGAAGAGGAGGAGGAGAAGGAGGAAGAGGAGGAGGUGGCCCACCCCGGAACCCUGUGCUCGCUGCCGGCGCCGCCGCCCGGAGCUCUGCGGCUGGUGCACGGCGGCGGCUGAGGGCAGCGAUCGCCAUGCCAAAGUUACCGAAAAGCAAAGGCGCGAAGCAAGAGAAGAAGGUUAUCCAUCCUUACAGCAGAAAAGCUGCACAACUUGCAAGGGAAGCACACAAACAGGAUAAGAAAGAAAAGUUGAAGACUGAAAAAGCUUUGCGUUUGAAUAUUAUUGGAGAAAAGUUGCAAUGGUUUCAAAGUCACCUUGACCCCAAUAAAACUGACUACACAAAGAAAGAAGCUUGUGAACUAAUUGAAGAAUACAUGGGCCGAUUCAGUGAUGAACUGGAGCAGAUUGAAUUACGAAACAGUAUUAAAGGUAGACAGGGAAGACAGCAUGGUUCACGGGAAACUGUCAUCAAGCAGACCAUGGAACGAGAAAGACAGCUCUAUGAAGGCUAUGGGAUAGAAAUCCCAGACAUUGUGAACAGCAAGCACCUUAAAUUUUUCAGGGAAUGGGAUGGUGAUCUGAAGAGAUUGCCAAACAUCAAAAUGAGAAAGCUAUCAGCUAGGGAUGCUGUCUGCAGUCACACCGAGGUGGCAGAUGCAGAAACUGAAGAAGAAUUGAGUAAAGCAGAAGAUACAGCCUCAUAACCCCCAGCUGAUUCAAGGGUUGAAGCAGCUGAAGGGAACUGUAAGAAACCUACUUUAAUCAGCACUGGAAACAAGAAUAAAGCUAGUGUUUCUAAUUAUA